AUGGAGGAGGCGCUGCUCUCCACCCCCAUCAACCCCAACAACUUCCCCGCCAAGCUGUGGCGGUUGGUGAACAGCCCCCGGUACCGCUCGAUCCGCUGGGACGGCCGCGGCGAGGGGCUGCUCAUCGACCAGCCGCUCUUCGAGGCCGAGCUGCUCAGCCCGCCUGGGCCCGGGGCCGGGGGCGGCAGUGGCGCCGGGGGCAGCGGUGUGGGGGCCACCGGGGCCGAGCCUGAGCUCUUCAAAACCACCAACUUCACCAGCUUCAUCCGCCAGCUCAACCUCUACGGCUUCCGAAAGGUGGUGCUGGGUGGGCCGGGCGCGGCAGGGCCCGGUCCAGGUCCAGGGGCCGGCGGACCGGCAGGCGACGGGCCACUCCACCACUUCCACAGCCCGCACUUCCGCCGUGAUCAGCCACAAUUGCUCGUGCACCUUAAGAGGCUCACCAGCGCCAACAAGGCCAAGCUGGCGGCCGGCCUGGAGGUGCCCUGCCGCCCGCCCAACCGCUUCCAGAGGCUCCUCAUCACGUCAGCUUCCGCCUCGGCCUCGGCCUCCACCUCCCCACUGCAGCACCAGGAUCCACCGCCGCCGCCCGCGGGGCCCCGGCCGGAGCCACACGGACCAGUGGCUGUAGGACAAUUUCACCGGUCAUUCCGGAGAGAUAGUUUGUCUCCUUAUUCCUACGUAUCAACUUCAUCCCACAACCACAGUACUUUCCCUCUGAAAGGUUUAGAUCGGACCCCGAUUCCUCCAAGAACAUGGCAGAACUCCCUUGGAAUGCACCCUGGACAAGUGGACACGUCUCCUACUUUUUCAGAUAAAGGGGUUCCAUUUCCUGUACUGCAGAGGUUUCCAACCGAGGUUACCUAUACACUGCAACCCAGUGCCACGUCCGUACAUGUUCAACAAGGCCCUCAAACAAUGGUCAGCUCCUCCCAAAAAUAUAGUAACUACACACCCUCAGCGCAGUACUCCCAAGCCUACUAUCCAACAGCUGUUCUACAGUGCUGCUCUCCUUCUACCCACAUGGACGCUCUAAGUAGUUGUGUCACUCCCACUGCCUCUUCCUAUGCACACUGCAACUACUUCCAGAAUCCUCCAAUGCAAUCUUCCUAUCCAGUUGAAUUUCUGCCUUCUAAUUGGCCUUGCAGUGCUACUGAUGAAAAUAAAAAGACGGAAGUAAACCUAGAGGCUGUCUUUCAGAUAGUAGACGAGUUGCAUUCCUCUCCUAAAUUGGAGAUGGUAAAAGUGGAGCCUGUUGAGAAUCAGUGCCCAACAUCUCAGUCUAACAGAGGCCAACAUAUCCUAGCUAAUUCAAACAACAGCAACCCAUCUUCCACAAGUCAGGCUAGCCAGCUGGAGCCACUUACUCCUGUAGGCUCAGAUAUUACAUCUUUUGUGGUUGGAACAGAACAAGCAAUUACCUGCUCUCUACCACAGUCACCUGAGUACAUCUAUACCAUCCACACAGCUCAGCCUGUGGAAAAUAGCACAAUGCAGGAAUCUGCAGCCAUCCAACAAGCUCACGUCAAACUGAAGGAGCAGCUAAGUCAUAAUCCAUCUCCAUCUUCAGUAGUAUUUGUGCAGGAAGGGCUACCGUUCAACACACACCAGGUGGAUACCAGUAUAAAAUGCCAGACCAGUCCACCUGAGAAUAUCUUGCCUUCAGAGCAGAUGGGAUUCCUCAUUUCAGAAAUGGGGCCAACUAGCAAACCUAGUAAAGACACAGGCUUAUCCACUCCAGCCAGAUACAGAGAGCGAAGAAGCAACUCACAACAAGGAAAGUCCCCUGAUCUUCAUCUGCUGGUGGACGUGGCCUGCAAGCAGGAGCACUUUCCAAAGGAGGAAGAAUUAAAAGAGUGAGGAAUGGAUGACAAAUGUGACAUUGUGCACUAGCCGUAGCUGGAGGCAGACUAGUCUUGCACAUGACACACUGUUGGGAUUUUUUCAGUUCUGUUAAGGAAAAAAGUAUUUUUUUGUUUUGUUAAUUGAGAAUUUUGUUAAUUGAAAAUUGGGAGUUUGGUAUUUACUACAACUGUUCAGUUCAGAUUGUUUACCUUGACAAACUACUAAACAUCUAGCAGCCAUUUUUUUGCUGCCCAGAUCCCUUUCAAAUGAAAAGUCCUGGCCUUC